AUGCUACGGUAUUGCCACUGGAGAUUUCCGCCGUCUCUCGCCGCCGCAAGGAUGCUCUCACCACCACCACGACCUCACUCUCAGACUCCUUUCUCCGGGAGCGUCAGGAAUUCGAGCUCAAUCGAUGGAAACUCCAAACCCGAGUUACGAUUUCCUCAAUCCAAUCCUCAGAAUCUCUCUUCCUCUCCUUCUUCUCCUCUGAAAUCCACGGUGGCUUGUUCGAGCGCCGGAACUCUCCGGCAAAGCAUGGCUACGGGUUCGCAAUGCUUUUCUUCCAGACCAGAAUCUUGCGAGUCGUCGGAAUUAGGAUCGCUCGUUGUGGUUUCGUUCUACAAAUUCGCUAAUUUUCCUGACCAUGCGGAAAUUGGUGGAAUCAUUAUUGCACCAGAAGGUAUCAAUGGAAGUAUAUGUGGGAUUCGUGAAUCAGUGGAGAGAGUGUUGUCAUUCAUACAGAGGGAUGUCAGAUUGAAUGGUUUGAGGCAAGUGGAAACACCUGUGAGUCCUGAACAAGAAGCAAUACACCAUGGACAUAGCAGUAGCUCUCCUCUUGCAGCUGGUGAAGAUGCUCCGUUUAGAUGGGACCAUGUCAGGAUUGUUAAGGUCAGAAUGCCCAGUGUUUCGUCGAUUGAAAGAGUUGGAACAUAUGUGAGCCCUGAGGAAUGGAAUGAAUUGAUCAUUGAUCCAGAAACUGUAGUGAUUGAUGUGCGAACUACCUAUGAGACCCAAAUUGGGAAGUUUAAAGGAGCUGUAGAUCCAUGUACCAUAGCUUUCAAAAAUUUUCCAUCUUGGGUGGAGAAUCAAUUUACAUUGAAGCAAGACAGUAAUGAAACGCAAGCAAAGGUGGAGAAAGAGGAUUUUUGUGAAAAUACCGACAAAGAAGACAAAGCUGAAAAACCGAAGACCCUGCCAUGGAUUGCUAUGUACUGCACUGGAGGAAUCAGAUGUGAGAAAGCUUCAAGCUUUCUUCUAAACCAAGGUUUCGAAGAGGUAUAUCAUCUGAAAGGUGGGAUAUUGAAUUAUCUUGAGGAAGUCCCUAAAACAGAGAGUUUGUGGGAAGGCGAAUGCUUUGUGUUCGACAAGCGUGUAUCUGUGGAAAGCAGCCUAUAA